UGGAUGGCCUAAAUGUACACUCUGAAGGCAGCAACCAGAAAUCAAAUAUCAGAGGAGAGUGAUGGUAUUCCUGCUGUGUUCCUGUUCCUAUACAAAAAAGAUUGGGGAAUCUCAUUUAUAAUUAGCAGAAAACUGAUAUGGUUAAAGAGGCAUCUUCUUAUCUCUUCAGUGCAACACAGCAAAGGUUUUAUUUCAAGACUGUAAAAGUUGUAAUUCCUUUGACAUGGACAACCCAGGAUGGAUAUAAAAAAGUUACCACAGAAUCCUAUGAAAACGCUGAUAUCAUAGUAGCUGAUCCUUUCCUAAAAUAUGGAGAUGAUCCUUACACCUUGCAGUAUGGAGGGUGUGGAGAACAGGGACGCUACAUUCAUCUCACAUCUAAUUUCCUGACAAAUGACAGUUUGCACGAUGUUUAUGGAUCACGAGGCAGAGUUUUGGUACAUGAGUGGGCUCACCUCAGAUGGGGUGUCUUUGAUGAAUAUAACAAUGAUGCACCUUUCUAUACUACUGGAUUAAACAAGGCUGAAGCAACAAGAUGUUCAGAGGGUAUCACUGGACAGUAUAUAUUUCGAACUAACAAAGGAACUACCAGAAAAUGCAGAGUUGAACAUCGAACUCAGCUUUAUGAAGCCGGAUGUCAAUUUAUUCCAGACAAAAAACAAACCUCAUUGGCAUCUAUAAUGUACAUGCAAAGUCUCUCUUCAGUCAUUCAGUUCUGUAAUGAAAGCAACCAUAACAUCAAGGCAACAAAUAUGCAGAACAAACUAUGCAACUUCAGAAGCACCUGGGAAGUCAUUAAAGAUUCCCCUGACUUUGCCAGUUCAUCCCCAAUAAAUGCGCCUCCACCUGAACCCAGUAUCUCAUUGCUGCAAACCCAGGACAGAGUUGUAUGUUUAGUACUGGAUGUUUCUGGUAGUAUGGCUUCAAGCAACCGAAUUACUCGGCUGAAACAAGCUGCAGAACUUUUUCUUCUACAGAUAAUUGAAGAGGAUUCUUGGGUUGGAAUUGUCACAUUCAAUAGUGCAGCAACAAUCAAGACUUAUUUACAACAAAUUAUCUCUGACAAUGUGCGUGAAACACUUAAAACCUAUCUUCCUACUACAGCAAGUGGAGGAACUAGCAUAUGCUCUGGAGUGCGUACAGGAUUUCAGGUGUUUUUACAAAAAUAUGUUAGUACAGAAGGCUGUGAAAUUGUGCUUUUGACAGAUGGAGAAGAUGGGACUGUAAGCUCUUGCUUUUCGGAGGUUCAAAGUAGUGGAUCUAUAAUACAUACCAUUGCUUUGGGGCCAAGUGCUGCAAAAGAACUAGAAAUGCUGGCAGACAUGACAGGAGGUUUGAAAUUUUCUGCCACUGAUACUUUGGAUUCCAAUGGCCUCAUAGAUGCUUUCAGUAGAAUUUCAUCUGGAAGCGGAAAUAUCAGUCAACAGUCUAUACAGCUUGAAAGUAAAGGAGAAAGCAUCAGUCCCCAUAAAUGGCUGGAUGGAACUGUGUCCAUUGAUAAAACUGUGGGAAAUGAUACUUUCUUUGUAGUUACAUGGAGUUUGAGCAUAUAUCCACCAGGCAUUUUUAUGAUCGAUCCCAAAGGAAAAAGAUAUUCUCAGACUGAUUUUGUAAUUGAGAGCACCAAUGUCCGAACAGCUCGACUCAAGAUUCCUGGAACUGCUGAGGCAGGAGAAUGGACUUAUUCAAUUCAAAAUACACACACAACAGCUCAAGUCCUUACAAUAACUGUCACUACCCGAGCAGCGUCUGCAACUGUGCCUCCAGUAACUGUAAAGUCUUAUAUGAACAGAGAUACCAACAACUAUCCCAAUCCAAUUGUCAUUUAUGCAGAAGUCAGCCAAGGAUUUUUGCCAGUUAUUGGUGCAAACGUCACGGCCACAGUUGAGUCAGAAAAAAUAUCUACAGAGAUCGAACUCCUUGAUGAUGGUUCAGGUGCCGAUAUUCUGAAGCACGAUGGAAUCUACUCAAGGUAUUUUACAGCCUUCAAAGAAAAUGGCAGAUACAGCAUCAAAGUGCGUGUCCAAGGGAAUGACAAGAUUGUCAGACGAGUCCGCAGGCAAAGCCAAUCUCUCUAUGUACCAGGUUAUGUGGAAAAUGGUAUAAUAAAGCUGAAUGAGCCAAAGCCUGAACCUAAUGAAGAUGAAAUCCAAGCAAAUCUAGGAAGUUUCAGCAGAACAACAUCAGGAGGUUCUUUUGUGAUGAGUGGCGUUCCUAGUGGGACUCCCCCAGAUUUAUUCCCGCCAAGUAAAAUCACUGACCUUGAGGUAGAACUGAAUGAGGAUGAUGAAUUCCUUUUGUCCUGGACAGCUCCUGGGAAUGAUUAUGAUUCUGGAAAAGCUGAAAGAUAUGAAAUAAAAAUGAGUGAAAAUCCCUUGGAAUUAAGAGAUGUUAGCUUUAAUACUGCUACUUCUCUGAACACUUCUGCCCUGAUACCAGAAGUUGCUGGGGUCAGACAGUCCUUUCUGUAUAAAUCAGAGAACUUGACAAAAGAAAACGGCACCUCCAUCUACUUUGCCAUGCGUGCCAUCGAUGACAGCAACAAUGUUGGAGAACCAUCUAAUAUCGCAAGAGCGGUUUUGCUGCUUGCUGCACUGCCUGUUCCCACUGGUCCUGCUGGAACUACUUCAGAUGACAUACAUAAUACUCCCCAAAGUUCACCAGGCACACACACUACUCCUUCUCAUGGAAAAACCACUUACCCAGCUGCUUCUGAUGAUGGAAACAAGAACAGUGUGUUAAAUACGACUACUGUAAUUGUAAUCAUAGUAUGUCUUGCUGUAAUUGUUAUUUGUGCCAUUGUUAGCAUAACAAUAUGUGUUUUAAAUAAGCGAAAAAGCAGACACCCUCAGACUGGAAUGUAAUAUGAACACCAUGGAUGAAAUUGCUUCCCAAUGAAAUUGCUUCCCAAUGAGUA